AUGGCAGAGAACAGCACCAGGGUGGUGGAGUUUAUUCUGAUGGGGUUCCAGGUUCACGCAGAGCUGCAGUUAUGUCUGUUCUUCGUGUUUCUGGCCUUUUAUCUCAUCACCAUGGGGGGCAACCUGGGCAUGAUCAUGCUGAUUCAGAGUGACCCUCGGCUGCAGACUCCCAUGUACUUCUUCCUCAGCCACCUGUCCUUCCUGGACGUCUGCUACUCUUCUGUUAUUGUCCCUCAGUUGCUUGAGACCUUGAGGACUGAGAAGACGGUCAUCACCUACGAGCGCUGUGCCACCCAGUUCUUCUUUUUUACGUUCUAUGGUAGCACCGAGUGUUUCCUUUUGGCUGUGAUGGCCUAUGACCGCUACGUGGCUGUGUGUCAUCCCCUCCUCUACGCCACGGCCAUGACACCGCAGACCCGCCUGGGGCUGGUGGCUGCUGCCUACGCUGGUGCCAUGGUGAAUUCCGUGGUCCGCACUGGGUGUACCUUCUCCAUCUCCUUCUGCAAAUCCAAUCAAGUGGACUUCUUCUUUUGUGACCUUSCACCACUGCUGAAACUGGCCUGUAGUGAGACCAGGCCCCGGGAGCAGGUCAUCUACCUCUUUGCUUUCCUGGUCAUCAUCUUGAGCGUUUUCGUGAUUCUUAUAUCCUACCUGUUCAUCAUUUGGGCCAUUCUGAGGAUUCAGACAGCGGGUGGUAAAGCCAGGACCUUCUCCACUUGUACUUCUCACAUGAUGGCGGUGGCUCUAUUCUUUGGGACACUCAUAUUCAUUUACCUGAAAGGUAACAUGGGCAAGUCCCUCUGGGAAGACAAGAUUGUGUCAAUGUUUUACACUGUGAUCAUUCCCAUGCUAAACCCCAUGAUCUACAGCCUGAGAAACAAGGAAGUGCAGGAGGCUCUGAAGAAAGUCUUCAAAAGAUGUGUGAGGGUUUCCCAAGCGGAGUAA